AUGCUCAAGGACACGCCCAAGCGGCUACGGCGUGUAGCCAUCCAGGGCUUUGUCAACCGCGAACUCGCCGAUUUGCGUCGGCGAUCUUCAGCUCUCGCGAUUGCCACAGGACAUUGCUGUCAAGCCCGUCAGCUUAAGUCAGAGCUCGCACGCACCCACUUUCACUUGUCCAAGUUGACAGGCAAGGCAAAGGAGUGGGCGCUGGGCAAGCUUGUGACCGAUCCGAUAUAUUUCCCGGAUAUGAAGGCCCUCAAGGAUGACCUACGGCUGGCGUUUAAGCCUCCGCAGGAUGAGCACCACCACCGCUCGGCUUUAUUGGCGCUGAAGCAGGGUCACCUGUCUAUGCUGUAUAUUAUAUCCUGCAAGCACGACAUCUGGCGUUCUGCAUCGUCACCAAUCCGAUCGAUACGAUGA